GGCUCAUUCACAAGACGUGCUCGACGUGGAGUGUCACCGACUACUCAUUUAUAAACCUGAACUUAGAGACUGAGCGAAAUGUCCGGUGUUUUAGCUCGGGUACUGUUUUACCCGACGUUAGCUUACAAUGUUGCCAUGGAAAAGGUUUCGUCGAGACGAUGGUUUGACCGAGUGGAUGAGACGGUCAUUCUCGGAGCUCUGCCGUUUCGGUCAAUGACCAAACAGCUGGUGGAGACAGAAAAUGUCCGAGGGGUCAUCACUAUGAAUGAGAACUAUGAAACAAAAUAUUUCUGCAACUCUGCUGAGGAGUGGCAUGCUGCCGGUGUGGAACAACUGAGGCUGAGUACUGUCGACCUCACCGGUGUUCCCAGUCUGGAGAAUCUGCACAAGGGUGUGGAGUUUGCCCUUCAACACAGACAGCUGGGAGGCAGUGUUUACAUUCAUUGCAAGGCUGGACGUUCUCGUAGUGCCACUCUCGCUGCUGCAUACCUCAUAAAGCUCCACUGUGUUACUCCUGAGGAAGCCUGUCAGAAGCUGGCGUCUGUUCGACCACACAUCCUAGUGCGCUCUUCUCAGCUGGAGGUCCUCAGGGUCUACCACCACCAGGUGUGCGGACCGUCCAGUUAGAAGCCCAGGACGGCAGAUUGGACUGCAUCAUGACGCAGCGGAAGGACUGAACCGUUGACAGCAGACAACUGUUUCUACUCUCACAAUAUCCCACUGAAGAGACACUUUUGGAUGGGUUUUUAAGAUUCACUAUUUUCAGCUGAUCUUGGAAAUGACAUUUGAGAGGAAUUAUGCAUUUUGAAUACUUUGGGGUACUUUUGAAUAGAUCAUUGGAUACCUAUAUAUAUAUACAUAUUGCUCAAUCAAUAAAUAAUAUAACUCUGUAAAAGUGGGGUCUUUUACAGUCGAUUGAAAUCAUUUCAUCCCAAAGUACUACAGGAAUAUUGUUAUUGAUAACUGCAGAUUUGAUCUUGACCUGCAGAUAUCUUGUAAAAGCAAAGUUUACCGCUGUUUACUUGGUGAAGAAUGCUAGCAGCAGUUGAAGACAUGAAACCAAUGCCCUGAAUUUGAUGAGGUGGGUGUUUAUUAGUCUUGUUAGUCUUCAAUUUGGUCACAAGAAAUCCAAUGACAUACCUUGAUUUAGUUGUUGGUGUGGAGUUUUAUGUUUGUGUUUUCUAUGCACAUUUUGGA